AUGUUUACUGCAACUCGCCGUCGGGUCCUAGAUGGUUUGAAUAGAAGAUACAUUUACGGUCGCUUGCCUUUACUUCAUACUAUUAUAUUCCUGAUCGAGAUGGCGGCAGCAACGCGGUUGGCGGCGAAGUUCAACUCCUACUAUGCGGAGAAGCCGGUACUGACUACUAUGGUCACGAACGCGAUCCUUGGAGGAGUUGCAGACACUGUUGCCCAAUUGAUCACAGCAUUUAGAACACGAGCAACGGCACCACAGUGUGAUGAUUUCAUUGCGAUCGAGAUAAAUGAUUUGGAUAAGGAAAAGCCGCCUGCCUUGGGAGAGCUAGGUCAUGCUAGCCAUGCACCUCCUCCGUUCGACUUCGAACGACUCACUCGGUUCAUGUCGUAUGGUUUCUUCAUGGCUCCAAUCCAGUUCAAAUGGUUCGGUUUCUUGUCGAGGGUGUUCCCGCUCGCAAAGAAGAACCCGACCGUCUCUGCUAUGAAACGGGUUGCUUUCGACCAACUUCUCUUUGCUCCUUUCGGUUUGGUGUGCUUCUUUUCGUUCAUGACGGUUGCUGAAGGUGGUGGGAGACGGGCCUUGACCCGCAAGUUCCAGGACGUUUACCUGCCAACUCUUAAGGCAAACUAUGUUCUCUGGCCAGCAGUCCAGAUUUUGAACUUCAGGGUAGUUCCUAUCCAAUUCCAGAUCCCGUUUGUCUCCUCGGUUGGUAUUGCCUGGACUGCGUACCUCUCCCUCACAAACUCUGCAGAGGAGGAGUAA